CCUGCUUGUGAGGAUGGACAAGACAGGGUAAUAUUCUCAUUCCGAUCAUGUCUGAAGCAGAUCCCGCACAAAAUGAACUGUUACAAGAGGCUUCCUGUGGAUGCCGAGGGCCCUGCAAAUCGAAGCGAUGCAACUGCCGAAAAGCCGGUCUAAAGUGCAGCUCUGCUUGCAAAGUAUGCCGCGGAAAAUCGCGCAACAACUCAAAGAGAUGGACUGCUACAGAUGCAUGUGAGGAGGACGGUGGGCAAACUACCGUAGAACCCGAUAAUGAUGACUUAACAGAAGAUGAUGAGACCUCAUCAAGCGGCCAAGAUGCAACGACCGACGACGACGAAAUUAACGAAGAUGACGUCGGCUACGACUUUAAUGACUUUGAUCUUCAAUGA